AUGGAAAAGACAUCGAAACGGUCUCGUGUGUCUUCCUUCACGAAUUUACUGGAUAAACAAUACAACAAUAGACAAAAGGAAACAGAAAUAAAGCUAUUUGAAAACAUCAAAACGGAUAUUAGCAUUAUCAUAAGUGAACAACUGAAGAAAAGGUCUAAAACAGAAUUUGAAUUAAAUGCCAUUAAGAAAAAAUUCAUUUAUUUAAAAUGCAUAUCAGAAGAGUUAGAGAGAAUGAUAAAGGAUGGAAAAAGAGAAUUAAAAAUGGAAGAGGAAUUAAUUAAAAAUUAUUUUGAAUACACAACGACAAAUUUGGGAUAUGUAUUUAUAAAGUAUGAAAAUAUUAUAAGCGACUUGAGUGAUCAGAAUGGGCAUAUGAAAAUGAAGUUAAAAAAUAUAAAAGAAAAUGAGUUAACAGAAUUCGAGUGUGCGUACCAACUGUUGGUAGAGAAAACUAACAAGCUUAGUGUAACAAAGGAAAACAUUCUAAAAAUGCAAACAUGUGUUAAAAAUUUGAAAAAAGAAUAUGAACAUGUUCAGGCAGAAAUAGAAAUAAAAAAGGAAGAAAAGUGCAUAGUCGAAAAGAAGUAUAAAGAAUUACUUUUCAAAAUAGAGGAAUAUAAAAAGGAGUUUGAAAUGAUAAAAGAAAAAUGUAAUUCUCAAAUGAAUGAAAAGAAGCAAAGUUCCAUCGAAUUAAGUGUAAUUGAAGAAAAAGUGACCCAAGUGGGAAAAGAAAUUCAAACUCUGUCUAGUGAAAAAAAAAGAAAAAGUGAUGAUCUGCAAAAUUUAAAAGAAGAAAAUGAAAAUAUACUAAAUAAUAUAUAUCAGCACAAUUCUAACAUUAAUGACAAAUGUGAUCUUCUAGUUGCAGAAAUGAACGAAUUAGAAAGUGAGCUAACUCUGCUAGGGGAAGAUAAAAAUACAUUAAAUGAAAAUUACACAAAUUUAGAGAAAGCACUUGUAGAUGUAUCUCAAAAAUGUGAAUGUAGCAAAAAGGAAAAUGAAGAGGAAUCACUUCUCAUCAAAGAGUUGAGUAAUGACUUAAUUAAAAAGAAAAAUAAUUUGAAAGAGAAGGAAGAUGAAUUUUCAAAAUUAAAUGAACAGUGUAAUGAGGUGAAAAAUAAAAAUGUUCAAUUGGUUGAUGUUUACAGUAAUGUGAAGAAAAAAAUAGAAGUUGUUAAUGCAUCUAUUAAUGAAUGUCGAAAUGUUUUUGAAGCACUCAAAAUGGAAUUAGUAAAUUUAGAAUGUGCCAAAUUGCAAAAUGAAAAAACAAAAGAAGAAAUUUCAAAUUGUAUGGACAAUUCUGAGAAAAUACUUGUUCAUCAGAAAAACUUUUUUUUUAAGUUAUCAAAAAUGUUUCAGUUAAUUAAUUUGUCAAAUGAACAAUUAACCAAUUUGCAACAGGAGUUAGAGAAUGGGACAAAUUACAACUGUUUGAUACGCACAUGUGAAAAAUUAGAUACCUAUAUAAAAAAAUUGUCUACCAGUAUUAGUGAAAAAAAUGAGAUGAAUAAUUUUCUUCAACAAGAUAUUGAAAAUACAUUAAAGAGUGUUACAGCGACGGAUAAAGAAAUUAUUGUCCUUGAAAAUGAACAAAAAGAUUUGCAAAAUCGAUUACAAAUUGUUACGCAAAAAGUAAAUACACUUGAGGAAGAAAUGAAAAAACAAGUAACCAAUUCUGGGGAAAAAAUGAAGGAAGCUUCAGAUGUGCUUGUACGGGAGUAUGAAGAGCUGGUCGAAUCUGUAGCAUGUCAGAUUAAGAUUAAACAUGUUGAACAUAACAAUUUUAUUAAGCAAGGGGAAAUGGAAAAACUGGAAUUCGACUUUCAAAUAUUUAGAUCUGAGUUGAUAUCCACUCUUGAACAAGAGUGUGAACAGAAGAGAAAACAAAUUGCUGAGAAGGAAAUGCAGCUUAAAGAAUAUCAAGAACGGUACAGUCUGUUGAAAGGUGUCUAA